CCUGGUGCACCGUCUCUGAAGGUAUUCUAAGUAAGACGCAAACAUGGCAGAGUUCAAUCGAUCAGAAGUGUUGGGAUCUGUGUUUGAUACUACCAGCAGGUAUAUUAACGUACGACCGGUGGGCCUGGGUGCCUUUAGCCUUGUUUGUUCCGCGUAUGACCUGGUGAGGGGUCAAGCGGUGGCGAUCAAAAAGCUAUUGAAUCCCUUUGCCACGACAGCCAACGCUAAACAGACCUAUCGAGAGAUCAAGCUCUUAAAGCAGUUACGACAUGAAAAUCUCAUCGGGUUGUGCGAUGUUUUUAUCUCUCCCCGAACAGAUGUAUACCUAGUAACGGAGCUCCUCUCCACUGAUCUCGGCCGCCUUCUGGAGGCUGGGCCCCUUGAGCCACAAUUCGUACAGUAUUUCGCGUAUCAAAUACUGCGUGGGUUAAAAUACCUACAUUCUGCAGGAGUGGUUCACAGGGAUAUAAAACCUAGUAAUCUGGUUAUUGAUGAGAACUGCGACUUAAAAAUAUGUGAUUUCGGUCUCUCCAGGCCCCAGGAUCAUCGCAUGACUGGAUAUGUCUCAACUCGGUACUACCGUGCACCGGAGGUCAUGCUUACAUGGCAAAGGUACGGUGUAAAGAUGGACAUUUGGAGCGCAGGGUGUGUUAUUGCGGAAAUGUUCAAUGGAAGGCCGUUAUUUCCAGGCCAAGACCCCAUUAACCAGUUCUACCUGAUUCUGGACGUGUUGGGAAAUCCAUCUGAUAAGUUUAUCUCGCGGAUAUGUACCACAAAUACAGUGGAGAUCAUAAGGUCACUGGAGCGGAGAGAGCCGCGUCCCUUGCAAAGCGUUAUUCAGAAUCUGGAUGAUUCCGCUAGGAGUAUGCUGGAGGGAAUGCUCACGCUGGACCCACAAGAAAGGAUUUCUGCCGAGGAAGCCCUACAACACCCCUAUAUGAGAAUGUAUCAUGACCCGACCGAUGAACCCAUUGCUGAAGAAAUGUUCGACUGGGUGUUUAACGGUGGCGAAUUUGACAAGGAGAUAUUAAAAGAAGUGAUAUUCAUGGAGGUGCUCCACUUUCAUCAAAGUGCGUGUCUGGCAAUGUCGCCGAUGGGUCUAAAGGAUCCCACUAUCCCACAAUUCUCGGAAACCGAGUCAUUCCUGAACCCCGACGCUUUCACUAAUUGGGCUCCUUGUCUAUGACAAUUCACUGCAAUGCUCUGCUUCUCCAGAAAUACGAGAAAUAUACUUGUGAUAGUAACGGUUUAUCUACUUUCCCCCUACCUUAUACCGACUGCCUUGCCCGGACAAGGGGUUCCUAACGUUGGUAAAGACAGUAUAAGUAGAGAAAAUAAAUAAUAAUUACAAACCUAGUAUGAUGAUAGACCAAUGUAUAGGAUAAUCAGAUUGAUUGCAUCGCAA